AUGGUCGUGGAUAUGUGUAUUGAGGACUACACGUUUUUUUCUGGAUCAAAAAAGAAAAUGCACUUUAUAAAUUGUAUACGUGAAGAUCAAACAAAAAUUGGCUCCACGGUUCACAUUCGAUGUGAAAAUGAUGUCAACGCAAAGAUUGCACAGCUAGUGACGGACGGCCCUGAUAAAUUACAAAUAAUAUCAGAUUUCGAUCGAACCAUAUCUACGUCAGAGUACAACAACAAACAAACAAUGAGUAGUUUUAGUGUAUUUGAAUCAUGUGACAGUUUAUCAGAAGAUUACAAAGAAAAAGCCCGAAUAUUAUUACAAACAUAUCGACCAAUUGAAGAUAACACACAAAUGACAGUCGCACAAAAGUUACCAUUUAUUGAAGAAUGGUGGCAAAAAAGUCAACUUUUGUUGAAAGGCUUGUGUUUUCAGUAUAAAGAUAUUAAAAAAUCUAUUGAGAAAGCUGACCUUCAUCUUAGAGAUGGUAGUACUGAAGCAUUUAACAAAUUAUUCUGCAAAAAAAUACCUAUUAUUGUUUUAUUGGCAUUGAUUGGUGAUGUUGUUGAACUCAUACUAUUGCAUGAAAAUUUGUUAACUGAUAAUGUAAAAGUUGUAUCAAAUUUUUUAAAAUUGUCUACAGACAAUAACGGUUUAUCUACAAUUGAAGGAUUUAAAGGAGAAAAACUCAUACAUGUAUUUAAUAAAAAUGAACAUGCAUACAUUGAUACACAUCAAAAUGAUACACAUUUAAAUGGAAGAUCCAAUGUUAUCCUUUUAGGUGAUUCGUUAGGAGAUGCAAAUAUGGAUGGUGGUAUCCAAUACGAUACUGUACUACGUAUAGGAUUUUUAAAUGCCAAUUUGCUGGAACAUGAAGAUGGUUAUUUGCAACAAUAUAAACUUGCUUUUGACAUAGUUUUGGUUCAAGAUCAAACAAUGGGAUUGCUAAAUUAUGUGUUGGAUGAAGUAAUUGGAGACAUAUCAAAACCUUCAAAUAAAAAAUAAUAUGAAGAGACAACAAAGUGGCUAUUACUAAAUACUACAUAGUGAUAAAAAUCAAAUUACAUGUAUCUUAUUUACAUUUUACAUUUAUAUAUAUAAAAUACUGAAACUAAUC